CGGGAGAGGAGCCGGGCGCGCGAUGGCACUGGGAGCCGCGCGCCCUUCGCCGACAGUCCUGCGGGCGGCCCGGGAGGCCAAGAUGUCCGGACUAGAAGCCUGCACAGUUUUGAGAGGGAGAUGACUUAAGUGGCCAGCUUUUUAUCUCCACAACGAUGUCUAUGAACAAUUCCAAACAGCCAGUGUCUCCUGAAGCUGGGCUCCUUUCAAAUACAACUUGCCAGACGGAAAACCGGGUUUCAGUAUUUUUUUCAGUAAUCUUCAUGACAGUGGGAAUCUUAUCAAACAGCCUUGCCAUUGCUAUUCUCAUGAAGGCCUAUCAGAGAUUUAGACAGAAGUCCAAGGCAUCAUUUCUGCUUUUCGCUAGUGCCCUGGUAAUCACAGACUUCUUUGGCCACCUCAUCAAUGGAGCUAUAGCAGUCUUUGUAUACGCUUCUGAUAAAGAGUGGAUCCGCUUUGACCAGUCGAACAUCCUUUGCAGUAUUUUUGGUAUCUGCAUGGUAUUCUCUGGUCUGUGCCCACUUUUUCUAGGCAGCGUGAUGGCCAUUGAGCGAUGUAUUGGAGUCACCAAACCAAUAUUUCAUUCAACGAAAAUUACAUCCAAACAUGUGAAAAUGAUGUUGAGUGGAGUGUGCUUGUUUGCUGUUUUCAUAGCUUUGCUACCCAUCCUUGGGCAUCGAAACUAUAAAAUCCAAGCAUCGAAGACCUGGUGUUUCUACAAAACAGAACACGUCAAAGACUGGGAAGAUAGGUUUUAUCUUCUACUCUUUUCUUUUCUGGGGCUCUUAGCCCUUGGCGUUUCAUUCCUGUGCAAUGCCAUCACGGGAAUUACACUUUUAAGAGUUAAAUUUAAAAGUCAGCAGCACAGACAAGGCAGGUCUCAUCAUUUUGAAAUGGUCAUCCAGCUCCUGGCUAUAAUGUGUGUCUCCUGCAUUUGCUGGAGUCCAUUUCUGGUGACAAUGGCCAACAUUGGAAUAAAUGGAAAUAAUUCUCUGGAGACUUGUGAAACCACGCUUUUUGCUCUUCGAAUGGCAACGUGGAAUCAAAUUUUAGAUCCCUGGGUGUAUAUUCUGCUACGGAAGGCAGUCCUUAGGAACCUCUACAAACUUGCCAGACGCUGCUGUGGAGUGCAUAUCAUCAGCCUGCAAGUUUGGGAGCUCAGCUCCAUUAAAAAUUCCUUAAAGGUUGCUGCUAUUUCUGAGUCACCAGUUGCAGAGAAAACAAAUCAGCGAGCACCUAGUUUAAUAGAACAGUAAGUCAGUGUAGGUCUAAGACAAAAUUAAAAGCGUCGUCAGUAUUUCAGUUAAUUGGCUAGAAAUAGAAAGCCUAACUGGGAAAUUCAGACCUCAGCAGUUAGUUUGGGGGCACUAUUGUCAGACUCGGCUUUUGAAAUUUGUUAAAUUAACUGUAUAAUUACAUCUUUUCACUUGUUUUUGUCAACUGGAGGUAAACACGAUGGGAUAAUUCCAUGGGGGAGUCAAAUUGAAAAAAAAAUUGAGCUUAUUUAUGUUAUUUACACUUUUGGAAUGAGUGACUGUGUUGAAACCUAAAGCAUUGACUCAGCCUAUCUGACAAAGAACAUCUCAAUACUUACCUUCACAGUGAAAUGGCUGAUUUGGGGGUCACUGCUCUGCAACUGUUCCUUAUAAAUGAGGCUCAAUGAAG